CCACUCCGCGCUGAGAACCGGCGCAGAGCCCCGCACGCCGGCUCCUCCCCUGAAGCCCGCGAGCGGGGCUGGUCCAUCCUGUGUACCUCAGACCGGAGCUCUGGCCCAAGCCAGCCCGCCAUGGAGGGGGAUAUCUCCGCUGCCGCAGCCGCCCAUUACCAGCCGGCCAGCCCCCCUCGAGACGCCUGCGUCUACAACAGCUGCUAUUGUGAAGAAAAUAUUUGGAAGCUCUGUGAAUACAUCAAAAACCAUGACCAGUAUCCUUUAGAAGAGUGUUAUGCUGUCUUCAUAUCUAAUGAGAGGAAGAUGAUACCUAUCUGGAAACAACAGGCAAGACCUGGAGAUGGACCUGUGAUAUGGGAUUACCAUGUUGUCUUGCUUCAUGUUUCAAGUGGAGGACAGAGCUUCAUUUAUGAUCUCGACACUGUCCUACCAUUUCCCUGUCCCUUUGACACUUAUGUGGAAGAUGCCUUUAAGUCCGAUGAGGACAUCCAUCCACAAUUUAGAAGGAAAUUUAGAGUGAUCCGCGCAGAUUCAUAUUUGAAGAACUUCGCUUCUGACCGAUCUCACAUGAAAGAUUCCAGUGGGAACUGGAGAGAACCUCCUCCAUCAUAUCCUUGCAUUGAAACUGGAGAUUCCAAAAUGAACCUGAAUGAUUUUAUCAGCAUGGACCCUGAGGUAGGAUGGGGAGCUGUCUACUCACUGUCUGAAUUUGUACACCGGUUUGGCAGUCAGAACUACUGAACUUAACACCUGGAUGUAGAACCGUGGAGAAAUUCUAGAACAUGAACAAUCCAUCCUUUCCUUUGGGACAGCAAACAUGGCAUAUUUGGGUUGGCAUUAUGUUUUCAUCUUUUAUUUGAGUUGAAACAUGAGUGAACAAAAGAAAUAGAACAAGUAAAAACAAAUUUGUUUUUGAUAUGUCAGGUUGAAACUUGAUGUAAUGUUUAUUUGUU